AUGAGCAAACAGUCUCUAAACUUACAAAAACUCAAAAUUCUUCAUCACCAGAAACUUAAUUGUGGUUUAUCGGAAAUAGCUCUUGUAGCAAAUGGGUCCGUUGUAACAGAUAGUCCAGACGAAGAGAUACCUAAAAAAGACACAAAACCCACAAGCUCUGCAACACUGAUACAAAAAGCCGAAGAAUUUUGCCGAAAAACCCGUGUAGUUGCCAACAAGUGCAAGGUUUUUGUUGGUAACGUUAGCUACAGAGUGAAGUCCAGAGAACUGAAGGAAUUUUUCACCUCUUUUGGAAAAGUUAUAUAUGCCCAAAUCAUCACGGAUCGUAUGAAAAAACGUUCUCGGGGGUGAGUAAUUUCAUCCCAACAAAUGUUGAUGUAAAAAAAAUAUAUAUAUACAUAUAUGCAAUCAAGCACGAGAAUGUGUAGGUGUCCUUCAAAUUUCCUAUUUACCCUUCUGACCUCUGAGGAUUUGCACAGAAGAAUGGAUUUGUUUGUUUUUUAUUUGUUUGUUUUACUAUUAUUUUAUUAUCAUACAUUGAUUUGUUGGCUGAUAAGACAAUUUGAUGUUCAUUAAAAUGUAAUUCUGUGUUCGAUUAAUCUUGUUAACCCUUCAAAUUACAAGAGUGACUAAAGUAUGCAUUAUGUAUUUGUUACAAUUUUUAUAAUGAUGUUCUGACAUGUACAAAUUGUUGGGGCAUCAUAGUCUGGAUAUAUGUGGACCAACAUAAAAUUCCAAUGAUCAGCCAAUAAAAAAAAUGCUUCUUUUUAUCAUUGUGAAAAUUGCUGCUCACCACCAAGAAUCAUUGCUUUACUUCAUUUUCAUCUGCAGGUUGAAUGAAAUUUAGUUAUUUAGUAACAGUCGUGAUCAGAUUCCUCAACCAGUGAGAAGAACCCUCUAAAAUUUGCCUUGCCCCUAAUAAAGCUUCUCUUCUGCAAUUGCUAAAAUUGUAACUAUUUCUGGAAGGAUCAUUGCUUUACAUGUCAUGAGUAAUUUAGGUUUAAAAUGGAAGAACUAUUAUUUCAAGGACUAAAUUUUAAACUGUAAAUAAAUAUUUCCUAAGGGGUUUUUCUUUUUGAUGUUAAUUGGUUUACUCGUGUAUUUUCUUAUUGUUUAUUUGUUUGUUUGUUUGUUUAGGUUUGGAUUUGUGACCUUUAGUAAUGAAUGGGAAGCACAGAAAGCCAAAGAUUCUUCAGAUGAUGAGAGAACUUUAGAAGGAAGGUAUUAUGGUUAUGAUUUGGAUGUAACAUGAGAUGUGGCUUAGGGAUGAGCUCUUUUUUUCUCAGUUUUAUGGACCAAGAAAAAGUCAACAUCUAUCAAUAACACAGAUAAAAGAAUGAAGCUCAUUUCAAAGCAAUUAGUACAAUCAAAAUUAGCUGAUUAAGGAGUUGUUAUGGCCAGAAGAGUGCUUGUGAAUUUAUUUAAGUUGUAUAGUUAAACAAUUUGCUCAAAUGCUCCGAUUGAAAAGUCUUCACAGUGUAUAUAGUCAUAAAUCAGAAAUCAUUCUGUCUCCUAUCUUUUUGAAUGAUGGUUUGCAUGUUUUUUUUUUGUUUUUUUUUUGUAUGGCUUCAGAGUCAUGAAAGUUUGCACUCCAGAAAGAAGGAAGAAAGGUAGGUGUAUAAUUAUUUGUUUUAGGGACUGUUUUGUGCUGAUAGGUUUAAUAAUAAUAUAGUAAUAAUAUAAUUGAUAUUAUUAAUGGAUGACGUUGUGUAUUAUUGAAUAUAAUAUAUCAUAUUCAUUUGAUAAGCAUCCAUCUUGAGUAAGUACCCACCCUCCCACUUCUCCCCCUCUCCCCCCUCCCCCUCUCAAAAAAAAAACAAUAAAACUGAAAUGACAAGAGAAGUAUUGAUUAGUAUUUCUUUACUGGCAACAAUCUCUAAGUUCCCUGUCUAUGUUACAUCUUCGUGUUUUGUUAUUUUGUUAUUGCUUUGUUGCAAAAUAGAGUUACUCCCUUAAAAGUGGGGAAAAUUCAGCAAGCAUUCACCCUCAAAUUCAACAAUUAUGGGUGUGUUAUGAAAUAAAUAUGGUACUUAAGGUCACACUUGAAUUAUUUUAAUAGAAAGUGCCUAUGAAAGUAUUCAGUGGUUGCAUUUGUUCAAAGCAUAGGACUUUUAAUUUACCCUUUAACUCUCAAAAGUGACCAAGAUAUAAUUUCUCCUUACAAUAUCAACACAAUAUCAGUCAGGUAAGUGAUGAGAAUUAAAAAAAGAGAAAAAAUAUAAAUUAAGGGACUGUGUGUUGAUUUAAUACAAAAUUCUUCAAAUUAACAUUACAAAUAUUAUAUAACAGACAGUUAGUAGAAUUUGUAAUGAAAUCAUGGGAGGGAUAGGGUUAAUAGACUAGACAGAUCCUUUCUAGAAAGAAGUUAUAACUAUACUUCUUUACUUACUAUGGUUGUAAGAAAAUAAUGUAUAUAUAAUCUAGUUGAGAAUGUGAAAUAGAUUAUGCUGAAAUGCCUCACAAUAAGAAUCUUAUGUUUUUUUUUAAUUUUUCUUUUCUAUUUUCUCAUGACAGGUUCUAAAAAUUUCAUUCAGGAAAGCACUAUUGAGGUGAGGAUGUAUAUUCAUUUUAAUGGCCAGUUAGCAUCUUCAAUAAGAGAUAAAUUCUUCUUGUGAGAUUGAUGCACAAAAACUGCAGUUGUUGCUUACCUUGGUUUCUGCUGCAUGAGGUACAAGCAACAGGCUGAUUAAUUACAUUUGUCAAAACAUAACAGUCCUAUAUUUAAAUAUGGCAUUUGGAAUAUAAUAAUAACUAUUAAUCCUAGGAUUCACAUUUGGAAUGCUUAUUUUUGGAGAAGAAGGGAAACUCAAAGGCAAAAAAAAUGUUAUUUUCAAUCAAUGUCAGCUUCACGUUCAAUGAUGAAAGGAAAUUGAAGGUUGUCAUGAGGAGAAUGUGCACCAAUUCUGGAUUUAGUUUUCCAUUUGGAUUUCUCUCUUCUUGUGUAUUGUGGUUUUAAACCAUUGACAGAUCAGGUUCCACGCAUAAAUAGUAAUUGACACUUGAUUUGUGAUUGUGUUGCCAGGAGGCACUUGAAUCUUAUCGUGAGAAUGGAAAUGGCAAGAAGGAAGCUGGUGAAGAGGCAAUGGAAUCUUGUGAUUGCACUAUCAGUGGAUCCAAUGAACUCAGGUCUUUGUAUGUAACAAAUCGUGGCCUAACUUUUGAUAAUAACUAAUAAGUUUUCACUCCCAAGAUCUCAUUAGUUUAGUCACUCUCCUUACUGACUGGUUUAUUACUUUCAUAAUGCAAGUUUGGAGAAUUUGGUAUUAGAUCAACUUAUAAUCCUCUUAGUGGUAUUUUUCCUCAUUCUCAUCACUUGUCUCCUUGAUUUUGAAAAAUUCUGUCUUGGUUACUUAUGGGAAUUAAAGGUUUUAUUAUGAUUUUCAGGUAACAACUCCUGUUCAGUAUAGAAUCAGUUCUUGAAUAAUAACAGUAAUAUUGUAUGAUAUGAUUAAGGAAUCUGUAAAAUAAAAGUUAAAUAAAUCUUCCAAAACCAGCAUCAUCAAUUGAAAAUUCUCUAAGUAAAUAUUAAAAAAAAGGAAAUAACAGAAUGAUACAAAAUAAAAUUUACAUUGAACUGCAAUGAGCUUUACAUGGUUAACUAUAUCAGUUUAAAGAAGUAAUUUUUUCAUCCACAGGCCAGAAAUUUUUAAACUGAAUGAGUACACCAUGCUCCACAUCUUCUUGUAUUUAAGUCCUAAGGAUAGGAUCAGGAUUGAAAGAGGUACCUUCAGUACAUCAAAUUGUUUCCUUGCCAAUAAUCAAGCUGGACAGCAUAUAUAUGUUCAGUUUUGCUUUCCAAUCCAAAUUACGUGAGAUUUAUAGUACUUGUAGCAGUUGAAUUUUUCAUAGCUCUUCACUCAGCUAGUAGAAACAAACAUUGUUCUCUUGAUUGUGGCCAUGGGCUUCUUCCCUCUUCUCAUGACAUGUUAUCAUUGAAUUCUUUAUUUCUCUCUGGUCAUGCCUUGUAGGUUUUGUAAAAGGGUAUGGAAUGUUGUAUCUGUGAGGGGUGGUCUAGCCCUACUCAUGGUCCCAAAUCACACAAAGAUCCAGUCUAAAUCACUCUCUGACUCAGUCUCAUUUUUAUCAUGCUGAAAUAACAUAGGACACCCUGUCAUUAGCUAAAUAUGCUAUGAUGUUACAAGGAAAAGGACAGCUGUGGGGAAUUGGAUUGGAAAUGUCUAAGACCUAGUGGACUUGGUAGACCAAAAAAGUUGCCAUGCAAUAAAAUGAAACUCUUUAGGCUAUGAUCAAGAUUGCUAAUUGAUUUGAGGUAGUUUCUAUAUUCAUUAAUAUUGUUUUAUUUCAGUAUGCAGAAGAUGGAGACUACUGGCCAUUAAGUCAUGGCAUCGCAUAACCCAUCUUGACUUCCAAGGAGUGUUCACAUCAUUUAAAGGCAUGGGAGGUACAACUAUUAAGCUCUGUCUCUCAUUUCCUUGUUGUUUUUGGUGUACUUUUUAUCAUUUUAAAGCUUCCAACUCUUCAGUCCUUUGCUUAUUGAUUACUGCUGUGCUCUGCGUUUCAGGCCUUACUGAUGAAGUUCUGUGGUCCAUUUUAAGACGAGGAUGCCAGAAUCUGACUUCUCUUGACUUGUCCCAAUCACCUCACUUCUUGACAGAAUUUGCAGUCCUUUGUAUUGGUAGGUCCCUUGAUAUUUUUCUCCCACAGAAUUCCUUUUUACUCAAGGAUGGCAAUAGUAACUGUGGCAUGCAGUUUGUUGUAUGUGCUAAGCCUUGGUACAAUAACCUCACCAAGGUUUUAUCCCAGACCUUUUGAUGGAGGAUUCAGCAUCCUUACCACAGGCCAUCACAUCUCCUCCAUAGUUUGCUACACCAAUCACAGAACAAAAUAAAACACAAAGCCAUGCUUUUUAAACUCAGUUGUAAGCAAUCUUCAAAUGUUGCUGUGAGAAUUAUUUCAAAAGGUAGCCAAAAAAUGACACAACUGUUGCUUUAGUCAGUGAGGAUGCUGGUGGAUUAAGAUGUUUCUUUAUUUAUCCAGUAAUUUAUCUCUUUAUUUGUUUAUUUUAUUAAACAGGCAAACAAUGCAAGUUGUUGACAGAACUUGAUUUAAGUGGAGUUAAAGUUAGUACAUCAUCACUAAAGAACUUGUCCCAAAGCUGUAAACAAUUAGAGGUACAUGUUUACUCAAUAAUACAUAAUCUGGAUAUAUCCUUUUGGUGGAUAACUGUCUUGUUGAGUAACAAUGAUUAUUACUUUUUCAUAUAUUUUGCCUAUCCUGCUUUCAUGUUAGUACAAUUCAUUCAGUUUUUCAAUCAGUCAAUCAAUCAAUCAACCAGUCAGCUUUUCUUUUAAAUUUACUUACCCAACACCAGACAGUUUUAAUGGACUGAAUAUUAAAUUACAUGACUGAGUUUCUUUCACUGAAGGAUAAUUUUUACCUCAACAGAAAAUUACUCUUCAUAGAUGUCACAGAGUUGGCGAAAAAGCGUAAGUUUCCUAAAACAUGUUAUGUACAUUAUAUGGCAAGAACAUUCUCCUUGGAUCAGCAAAGGAGUUUGACUGAAUGAAUUAGGGAUCAUAAAUUUGUAGUCUUGGCUUUAUCAGCAUUGAUUUUGUUUCCCCUCUUUAUUUUCAAGAUAAAUGUUUUGUCCUGAUUUUUAGCUUGCAUAUAUAACAGGUCCAUGUAUUUAGGGGUAUGUUUUUUUCUAAGAAUAUGUAGAUGUUAUGGUUCCAAUUUAUUUUUGGAUUUAAUCUUUUUGAACUAGUUUAAAUUUUUUCAAAUGUCUCUGUCAGGAAGCUGUUCAUGGGGUUACUUUGCUCCAUUUUUCUGUGUGCUGGGUGUGGGGAUGUAGUGGUCCAGUGGUGAGUGAUCAGUUGAACUCCAGAAAAAGAGGCACUGGUUCAAGUUUUGGCUGCAUCGUGUUUUCAGACAAGAUGCUUACACCCAAUCUGCAGGCUUCAAAAUGUAGUGUUGUUGUGUAAGGACACCGUGAGUUGUACUGUGAACAUGCUUAGCACAUUCUGCUCAUUUUUCAGACUCUGGUGGCUCUUCAAGAAUUGUCAAAAACUGCGUCAUGUCAAUUUGGAGGGAAACAAAAGUGUGAGGGGACAGGUAAUGUGUUUACUUAGUAAUUAGUUGCAGUAAAAGAGGGCAAGGUGAUCCUUAGAUUAUCAAAAUAACUUAAGAUUAUUCUUUCUUUCCUAGUGUUUCUUUAUGCUACCACCAGCUUGUGAAAAUUUGUACCUGAAUGAUUGCACUCAGGUAAAGUUUUGAGGGAAUGCUUGUUUAGAAUUCAUGAAGCCUUUGCAUAAUGUCAAACAACAUGAUAAGUUUACUUCUCAAAUUGUUGAGUUUCUUUGUUGCUAUCACUGUUGCUUUAUGUACAUCAUAGUACUCUCAUUUGUUUGAUUAGGUAUGAUUUGUAUGGCAAUAUGGCUAUGCCAGAGCAUACAUUCUAUAUAGGACUGAAGGUGUGUGUUUUGUUUUGUAGUUGACGGACAAAGGAAUGAUAUACAUUGGAGAUAAAUGUAAAAACUUGAGAAUCAUCAAUGUAUCAGGCUGUAUCACUUUGACUGAUGAGGGCAUCCUUCAGUUGACACAGGUUAUUUCUCCUUUACUUGAUUAUAGUUAAAAGAGAAAUUUUUGUUUCCAAUACGCUGUCUGUCUUUGAUUUGACAUAUCAGAUCUUUAAUAGCCUGCCAGCAAGCUCUAACUUUGGCACUGUAGUGUACAUGACAAUCCAAGUCCUAUGAAGAGACAAGCUAACCAGUGGUGUUUGGCUUUCUCUCUUACAGCCACUCAUUUAGCAGUACCAAUUAGAGCCUAUUUGCUGGCUAACUUCACAAAGAGCUAGAUAUUACUUGUUGCCAAUAAGUUCUUUUGUGUUGCUUUAUUUGACUAAGUAUUGCAUCAUGUGAUUUUUGUUUCAGCACUGUUGUAUGUUAGAGUCAUUAGUUUUCUCACAAGCAGGACACAAUGGUAAGUGAGAAAGAGUCAUUUCUGUCUGGGCUGUUUUUUGUUAUUUGUGCUGUGGUCAGAAAGAGAGGUGAUAUCUUGAUUACACAUUAUCAGCAAGGUGGACCUUGGAUGGAGGUUCUGCUGCAAUAUGAUUUGAAGGUUAAAUAAGUAAAUUGUCCAGAAGUUGAGUUUUUUGUAGCUGUUGUAGUUUUUUGUUUUGUUUUGUUUUUGUUUUUGUUUUUGUUUUUGUUUUUGUUUUUGUUUUUGUUUUUGUUUUUUUUUUAACAGUGACUGUCAAUUAUCUAUUUCUGUCAAAGGGACUCUGACUCCUCAUGGCCAUGUUGCUUAAAAAAGUUUGAACCCAAGUUGAUUUCCGCAACCACUUCAAUAGGGUUGAACUGAUGUGCUUGAAUUAUAUUUUUGUUUUAAACAGUGACUAGUCAAGGACUACAGAAUAUUGCUAAUUUGUCAUUGCUGGUAAGUUUGGAAUAUGAUUACCAGUGACCUACAACUUCUCCCACAUCUUAUGAAAUACACAAGCAAACAAUUGUCCCCACUGAUGAUUUUUUUUAAACUUGACUUAAUUUUAAACUUCAAUGCUGAAAAAAUCUAACACUGAUAUUGAUCAUCAGAGCAUUUGUUUUACUAUUUCUGGUAAUCCAAUGCAAAAAUUUUAUUAUUACUGCACACAUUUUGCUGCACUAUGUACAAGCUAUCGCCAAUAGCUAGUGCCAAGUUUUAUUCAGAUGUAUACCCUAAAACCAUCAUUUUGUCUAAUUCUUUUAGAAAGAGUUGGAUCUAUCAAAGAAUGCUGUGGUCAACGAUGAGUUGCUGUUUAGCAUUGGAAGAAGUUGCAUUCAUUUGAAGUAAGUGUAUUUGUUUUCUUCAAUGUUAAAAGUAUGCAUAAAUGUAUGGUAACUGUUAGUAUAUGUAAUUGCCCAGUAGCAAUGAGCUGUAGUACUCUGAUUGGGUGUUCAUACCCUAUUUCGGUACAAACAAAGCGCGUUUCUAGCGAAUGUCGCCGGAACAAGCAUACUCAUCACAACAGCCAAUCACAACCAAGGUGAUAUUACAAGGAGCCAAUGAGAGCUCGAAGUAAAAACAAGUAAACCUUCUGGAAAACGCGUGUGACCAAACGGGACUAAGUUUUGCAUGUGAUUGGUCGAAUGGAUGGCACGAGUUAACUAGCCAAUUAAAGAGCUUGUUAAAGCAAAACCAACGCAAUCCCAUAUAUCCAAUUCUUUUUAUAGGUUUCUCAACUUGGACUCCUGUGAAGGAGAAAUAACGGAUGCAGGAUUACAGUGCUUGAUCUCUUGUUAUCAGUUAUUUUCUCUUGUCAUCAGCUACUUAACAAGGGUAAGGUCCCUGUGACACAAGCUGUCUAAUUUGGAAGAGAAAAAGUUUACCAUUGAUGGGUAUUAUAAGCCUUUGCCUCAACUUUAGAGGAAGAACCAGUUUUCCUCGUUGUGUUGAGUGAUAUGUGAUUCAGGUUGAUUCCGACUUUUGUUUCACUCAAAGUUAUGAUAUGUGACAAUUCAAACCUGCGCUAAGUUUUUAUGAAGUUUCGCCUUGUGGUACUGUGUAUCCUCGCACACUAAGUAUUUGUACAAUUUCCUUCUUGCCUGAAACUGUUAAACAAACUUCAGCAGUACAACUUUAAAUUUUAACUGAUUCGUUAAUUUUCCUUACCAGAUUACAGACGAGAGUGUAAUACACUUGUCCUCUAACGGAACCUUGGAGAGGCUGGUGGCUAGGGCGUGCCCAGGACUCACGGACAAAUGUAAAGAAUGAAGGCCUUGAGAACGAGUUUUCCCAAAGCAAAAGUUUAGGCUAUAUUUAGAAAACCAGAAUAAACGCUUCCACAAGGCUUGAAAACGAAAGUCUGACUAACUGAUGGCGCCUCGAGCACCACCUACAAUGUGGCCACAUAAAACUGUUUAGAGUUGGGUCUUGUCUUUUUUGAGGCUUCUGUAUAUCAAAGAUCAUCUGAAGCUUUCACUACGAAACGUUUCCAAAUUAACCUCCAUAUAUUUUGUCCACUUACCAACAUUUAACAUGCGUCGUUGUAUUCCGUAAAUUUGGUUUCUAUUUGAUGAUCUUAUUGAUACAGUAACUUGAUUGAUACGAAGUCUCUUAGGGCCUCAGGUGACCAAUUACAAGUAUUUAAUAACAAAACGCUGUUAUUGGCCAGUUGUGAAUGCACGUCCAUAACAUAGUGUAGAACCAACAAGAAUCAAAAACUUUGUAGUUGGGGUAAAGCUGUUAGUUUAGUGUAAAUGUUUUUCAGUCCAUAUGACACGUUUUCCUCUGUUUUUGUUUUUGUUGUUGUUUUACAGCUAUCGAGAGUCUGUUACAAAGUUGUGGCCAAUUGACUAUUCUGGACGUUAGUGGCUGUAGUGGAAUCACCAACGCCUCUCUUGAGCUGCUGAGUCUGCAUUGCAUAUCAGAGGACCGACCCGUCAUCAACUGCACCGUUGGAGGUAAGGACUUGGAAAUGAGAUUAGGCAAUAGCACUGUGACGUUUUUUUUCAGUUCAUAAGAAUUAUACGUGGCUGUGAGUAAUUAUUUUUGUCUUCUGGUGUGUUGGUUUAUUUUGGCUCUUGAAUUAAAAAGGCAAAGGGAACCUUAUUUCUUUGAGCUAGAAUCGAACCUGAAUAUUUAACGUACACUUAAGUGGAACUCUCAAGCUGAAAUUAUGAUGUCUCUCAAGGAAACAGCACAAAUGUUAUUUUUUUCUCUUUCGACCUACUCUCUGCAGUGGCACAUUCCAAAGCCGGGAGAUAGAUACUGAACCUGAAAAUUGGCGGGAAACCUUAGCGACCGAGUCCUCAUUGGUUUUAAUUUUGAAUCUGAUUGUUCGAAAAGGUGGGGCAAGUUUUCUAGACCAACAACAGAUUGCAGUCAAAGAAGACCAAUGCAGUUCCAGAUUAAUUUCAGUUCUCAAAGGAAAUUGGUUCCCUUCGCUUCGAUGUCCCUUCACACUGAAGACUCACUAAAUUUUGUUAAUUAAAACCUUAGGUACAGCCAUAGACGAAGAAGCAAUAACUCGAUUUCAGGAGACAUCUUAUCGAUGCUUUGUGUUUUGCAUCGACUAUUCUGUUAAUCCAAGGAUUGAUGCUGUUCCGUCCCAUGGUUCAGGUAUGACCAGCUUUCAGCGCAAGCUUAUUUUCUGCGAGCGAACAAUCAGUAUUAUAUCAUCAAGAGGUUAGCCGCUAUCGUCGGCUUGUAAUUUUUUUGGAUUAGUGGAAGGUUAGAGAGACCAAGACGAUUUUACCAAGGUGGGGACUAUAGACUAAAGAGGAGGGGGGGGGGGUGAGAGGUGGGAAAGAGACCCGCUUUCUUUGCUCAGCGAUUAGUUAAUGUCUCUCUGCUUUGUUCCAAGGAGCUUUCUUCCGCGAAGAAGACGAUGACGAGUUUGAUGAAUUUGAUGAUGAGUUCGAUGAUGAGGAUGAAGAAGAACAUGAACAUUUUCAUAACAUUGUUGACGAUGAAGAGACUUGGUUGGCCGAGGACUCGUUAUGGUGGCGACCAGGCGAUGCCGAAGAUUUCCUGGAGGCCGAUUAUCCUUCGUUACUGGCGGAACAACUGUACAGAUCGUAACAUGGAAAUAAAACUGAAGCAUUAUUAUCGACUGAAAAGGUUUACGAGGUCCUCACUGUUAUCUGCCUAUUAAAUACCUCUUGGGGAGAGGAUGAUUUCCCAAAAUGUCUGGGCGCGUGCGCUGAAAACUGGGUCGAGUACACGUUGUCGUGGCUCAUCUUCCUAGGCGAAGCAUACGAAACGACGAACUAGUAUUUCUCUAAGGCUCAACUGUCAACCUCGUCACACAACCAAAACGCUGUGCUGUGAGAACUUAUCGCGGGUUUGGACGUACCCAGUGUGGACUAUUGAGUGAUGUUAUUGCGUGACUCAUUUCAGACGACCAAGGGCCUUAGUCACGCACUGCACAAUGAAUGCAGCGAAAAGGACGUUGGUGACCAUUACAAGCGAUCAGGCAUUUGGCGAACGAGUGAUUGAGACAGCGUUUCUGUAUCUGCAUGACACCCAUGAACAGGUGUCUCACAGAAAAGAGAUGUUUGUGAAACAAUAUAAUUAAAGGAUCGGCGUCUAAAUAUUCGGAACAAAAUCACUGAAAUUGACCGAAAGGGCAAGGAGAACAAACGCUUUUAGGGCUAGACAAAAAAUGAAUCGUUCCGAAGUUUUUCAUCAGCCAUUUGUGUCAUUUUUCAUUUUUCUGAGGCUUCAUCUUUAACCCCUAAACCCCUAAUAGUGAUUUGUAGCUAUUUUCACCUUUCAGUCACACCCCUAAAACAAACAUUGAGGCCAUGAGAAUAAAGGAAAUGAUCACCAACCAAAGAAGCUCUUGAUUGUUAAACAAAUUCUCCUUGUCAGUACCAUAGAAAAAUAAGUAGAGAGUAGUAUGGAGAAAGUGUAUACUGAUGUUAGGGUGUAAAGGGCUAAUCGUCCUUGAAGGAUGGCUAAGGAUGAAGAAAAUUGGCAGGGGACGCGGACUACUAACUUGGAAAGUUUAGGCUCAGUUGUUUAAAGUUUUUAAGCGCUGACUUAGCCAUUAAAAUGGACGUUUUUCCUCGCGCAGUCGUGUGUAGUGUAUUAUGAGCUUUCGAAUGGGUUCAAAUCACGUCAAAAACGUCCCUUGCUAUGAGCAAGACUGUUGUGAUUCAAACUUUUCGUUCCAGUAGUUCAAAGAAAAUACCUCUUUGGGGAGUUAACCUCCGGUUAUUAAUUUAAAUUAUUUGCCUUCUUGAUUGUGCUGCAUAAAGCUACGAGUGGAU